AUGUCUGCCAUAUUCUCGUAUGCUCAUGCCGCUGGAGCGCCAGCCUCCUCGAAUGCCUCCAAAUCUGAACUGGAAAAUGGCAUCUCGAACUUGAAUCUGAACGAGAAAGAGGUUGAAAAAGACAUCAAACCAGCUAAGAAGGCAGAGAAGUCGGAGAAGAAGGAGAAGAAGUCUUCCAGAUCCGGAUCCAAGGAGCCAGAAAACAAACCUGAGCCUGCCAAGGAGGAAGCAGAGCCAAAGAAGGUCAAAUUAGCACCUGCUCCUCUUCCGGCUACUAACGUUUGGGGGGCAACCCCUACUGCGAUUCCCCCGAAGAUUCCAAGCGAGCCUAUUGUUAUUCCGGAGACUACAUCGGAAAACGGCCCCUCCGUUGCCAAAGCGGCUUCAGGAAAGGAGAAAUGGGUUCCGCUUAAGGCCUCGGUGGUAAUUGCCUCCAACAAGCCGACAUCCAAGGGUUCAGGCAAGAAGAAGAAUAAGAAGAAAAAUUUCAAGGACGGUGAAGCAAAGGAGAACAAGGACGCCAGAAAGAGUGCCAAAAAGAAUGGCGAAGUGCGCGAGAUUGAUACCAACGAGGGUAGUAGCUCAGAGAGCAACACCCCGAAACCAGAUCAGCCAUCAACGAUCGAACAACAUGCUGAAUCUGCCAUCGAGUCUAAUGAUAUCAAGUCGGCCGAGCCGCAGCAGAAGCACUUCAAGACGAACGGCAAUGGAAACAGCUUUUCCGGUCGUCAAUACAGAACGAAUUACAAUAACCAUAGCAGGAGAUAUAGUGGUCAAAACGGCAGCCAAAAUGGUCAGAACGGCAAAAGCAGCAGCCCGAUUGGUCAACUUCCUUAUGCGCCAUACAACAAUCGUUCCUACAACGGUCAAAACAAUAGACAUCACCACAGCCGGCCAAGCUACCAACAGUCGCAGUAUUUCAUACCCCAGCAACCUUACUACACUCCAAUUCCUUACAUUCCAUAUCCGGCCGCCCCAGCUCCAUUUGCUCCAGUCAUUGCGCAACAGCCACAACCGAUCGCCGUGCCACCACAGGACAGUAACAUGCGGGAUGCAAUGCUUCAAACUUUGGCCAAACAGAUCGACUACUACUUCUCUACUCAAAAUUUGGUGAAAGACAUUUUCCUCAGAAAACACAUGAAUGACGAUGGAUUCCUGCCUCUGCCUGUGCUAGCUGGAUUUUACCGGGUGUCUGCCCUUUCUUAUGGAGACUACAACUUAGUUGUUGAGAGUCUGCCCCAUUGUUUGAAUUUGGAGUAUGGAGUUAUUGAAAAAGAAGGUAGUACAUUAUACAAAGUGCGGGCCAACACGAACCCGAAGUUCUGGGUUCUUCCUGCUGACCAGCGGUUGGAGCAGGGAUUAGAUAAAGAUUCUCCAAAACCAGAACAAAAUCCAGAAUUAGGGGAAGGAAAUUAA